AGCGGCUACGGGGUUGAGGAGGAGGAGGAGGAGGAAAGGUUCCUUUAAGGAGGAGGAACGACGACGCCUCUUUUUCCCUCUAUCUCCUCCCUUCACACUCAUUUCCCCUUCGCCGAGGAGAGAAGGGGGGGAGGAGAGAGAAGAGGCCGAAGAAAGAGAGAAAAAAUUCCUCACAGAAAUCUCUUUCAGGGGGUGUGGGGGGAGGAAGAGGAAAAAAAAGAGCUGGGCGCCCCCUGCUCCCUCCCUCCCUUCUCUCCCUCUCUUCUCCUCCUUCUCCCUUCCUCGCCCGCCCGCCCACUCCCCCCGCCGCCUGAGACGCCGCUCGGGAGUCGGCGGGACCGGAGUCUGUCUCCUCACCCGCCGACGCCGCGCUUCGCCUCGGGAUCCCCAGGCGGGCGGACGCCCUUUCUUUCUUUCUCUCUCUCGCUCUGCCCGUCUUUCUGUCUCCGUCCCUCGCGGCCGCCCCGCCCGGCGGCCUCGGCCUUCCCCGUGCGUCAGGCCCUCCCGCCCGGCCUCGCUCGGUCUCUGUCUGUCUCCGCCGGCCUUUCUCUUGAAUCGGGGUCUCGUUCACCCCCUCCGCCCUUCCCAUCUCCCCUUCCCCUCGCCCCCUUUCCUUCCUCCCCCUCCCCACCCCCUUCUCCUGCCCCGCAGCUCGUAGUGCGUGUGUGUGUGUGUCCCUCCGCCAACGCCGCCACCUCAGCCCGGCAAAUGAACUCCGUCCGAGCCGCCAACCGGAGACCCAGGCGAGUGUCGCGGCCGCGCCCGGUGCAGCAACAGCAGCAGCAGCCCCCGCAGCAGCCGCCGCCGCAGCCGCCCCAGCAGCAGCCGCAGCAGCAGCCUCCGCCGCCGCCGCAGCAGCAGCAGCCUCCGCCGCCGCCACCGCCGCCUCCGCCGCUGCCCCAGGAGCGGAACAACGCCGGCGAGCGGGAUGAUGAUGUACCUGCAGAUAUGGUUGCUGAAGAAUCAGGUCCUGGUGCACAAAAUAGUCCAUACCAACUUCGUAGAAAAACUCUUUUGCCAAAAAGAACAGCGUGUCCUACAAAGAGCAGUAUGGAGGGUGCCUCAACUUCAACUACAGAAAACUUUGGUCAUCGUGCAAAACGUGCAAGAGUAUCUGGAAAAUCACAAGAUCUAUCUGCAGCACCUGCUGAACAGUAUCUUCAGGAGAAACUGCCAGAUGAAGUGGUUCUAAAAAUCUUCUCUUACUUGCUGGAACAGGAUCUUUGUAGAGCAGCUUGUGUGUGUAAACGCUUCAGUGAGCUUGCUAAUGAUCCAAUUUUGUGGAAACGAUUAUACAUGGAAGUUUUCGAAUAUACUCGCCCUAUGAUGCAUCCUGAACCUGGCAAAUUCUACCAGAUUAAUCCAGAAGAAUAUGAACAUCCAAAUCCUUGGAAAGAGAGUUUCCAGCAGUUGUAUAAAGGUGCACAUGUAAAGCCAGGAUUUGCUGAACAUUUCUACAGUAAUCCUGCAAGAUAUAAAGGAAGAGAAAAUAUGUUGUAUUAUGAUACAAUUGAAGAUGCCCUUGGUGGGGUACAAGAAGCUCAUUUUGAUGGACUUAUCUUUGUUCAUUCUGGAAUAUACACUGAUGAAUGGAUAUAUAUUGAAUCUCCAAUCACCAUGAUUGGUGCAGCACCUGGAAAAGUAGCAGACAAAGUUAUAAUUGAAAACACUAGAGAUUCAACCUUCGUCUUUAUGGAAGGUUCUGAGGAUGCUUAUGUUGGAUAUAUGACAAUAAGGUUUAACCCUGAUGACAAAUCUGCUCAACACCAUAAUGCACACCACUGCUUAGAGAUUACAGUAAAUUGUAGCCCUAUUAUUGAUCACUGUAUCAUCCGAAGUACAUGUACAGUUGGCUCAGCAGUAUGUGUUAGUGGUCAAGGAGCAUGUCCCACUAUCAAGCACUGUAACAUCAGUGACUGUGAAAAUGUUGGACUUUAUAUAACAGAUCAUGCACAGGGAAUAUAUGAGGAUAAUGAAAUUUCCAAUAAUGCUUUAGCUGGGAUUUGGGUUAAAAAUCAUGGAAACCCAAUUAUUAGACGGAAUCAUAUCCAUCAUGGACGUGAUGUUGGUGUGUUCACAUUUGAUCAUGGCAUGGGUUACUUUGAAAGUUGCAACAUACACAGAAACAGAAUAGCAGGCUUUGAAGUAAAAGCCUAUGCUAACCCCACGGUGGUUCGAUGUGAAAUUCAUCAUGGGCAGACUGGAGGAAUAUAUGUGCAUGAGAAAGGAAGAGGACAAUUCAUAGAGAAUAAAAUCUAUGCAAACAACUUUGCAGGUGUAUGGAUUACCUCAAAUAGUGACCCAACAAUAAGGGGAAAUUCUAUAUUUAAUGGAAAUCAAGGGGGAGUUUACAUCUUUGGUGAUGGACGAGGCCUUAUUGAAGGAAAUGACAUUUAUGGCAAUGCACUAGCAGGAAUUCAGAUUAGGACAAACAGUUGUCCAAUUGUUCGACAUAACAAAAUUCAUGAUGGCCAGCAUGGUGGGAUUUAUGUGCAUGAGAAAGGACAAGGAGUAAUAGAAGAGAAUGAAGUUUAUAGUAAUACUCUGGCUGGGGUCUGGGUGACAACUGGCAGCACUCCAGUACUGAGAAGAAACAGGAUACAUAGUGGGAAGCAGGUUGGUGUUUAUUUUUAUGACAAUGGACAUGGAGUGCUAGAGGACAAUGAUAUCUAUAAUCAUAUGUAUUCAGGGGUUCAAAUAAGGACUGGAAGCAACCCCAAAAUUAGACGUAACAAAAUUUGGGGAGGACAGAAUGGUGGAAUUCUUGUUUAUAAUUCUGGUCUAGGCUGUAUAGAAGACAAUGAAAUAUUUGACAAUGCAAUGGCUGGAGUCUGGAUUAAGACAGAUAGUAAUCCUACACUAAGAAGAAAUAAAAUCCAUGAUGGAAGAGAUGGUGGCAUCUGUAUAUUUAAUGGGGGUCGAGGUCUCCUUGAAGAAAAUGACAUUUUCAGGAAUGCUCAAGCAGGUGUUCUCAUCAGCACUAAUAGUCAUCCAGUCUUAAGGAAAAACAGAAUAUUUGAUGGAUUUGCUGCAGGUAUUGAAAUUACAAAUCAUGCGACUGCAACACUAGAAGGCAAUCAGAUUUUUAACAACCGGUUUGGAGGCUUAUUUUUAGCAUCUGGUGUUAAUGUGACAAUGAAAGACAACAAAAUAAUGAACAAUCAAGAUGCCAUAGAAAAGGCUGUUAGUAGAGGCCAAUGUUUAUAUAAAAUAUCAAGUUAUACCAGCUAUCCCAUGCAUGAUUUCUACAGAUGUCACACUUGUAACACCACAGAUCGAAAUGCCAUAUGUGUGAACUGCAUUAAGAAGUGCCAUCAGGGACAUGAUGUAGAAUUUAUUAGACAUGAUAGGUUUUUCUGUGACUGUGGUGCUGGAACACUGUCUAAUCCUUGUACAUUAGCUGGUGAGCCUACACAUGAUACAGAUACACUAUAUGACUCUGCUCCACCUAUAGAAUCUAAUACAUUGCAGCACAACUGAAUUCCUUCCCUAAAGAAAAAGUCCUGCCAUUCUAACAUCAUAACUUAAAACAUUUUUUUUGGAAGAAGAUUUAAAAUAUUUGCCCAUGCUACAGGAAGAGACUGUAUUAAAAAUGGAUACACGAGGUCAGUUGACACUAUGAAGCUCAAGCUACCAAAAAGAAAGUGGCAAUAUAUUGACUCAGGAUCUCAAAGCUGGGUGUUUUAGCAUUACUGUGUAAAGACUUUU